AUGAAGGAGCCGAGAGACGUUCUGCCGCUCCGUGUUCUCACCCACAACAUCCGUUAUGCCACGUCCCAGCCUUUCAAAGGUGAAAAGCCGUGGGCGGAUCGGAAACAGCGUCUCCUCAACGAACUAGUCUACAACACCCAGCAUGUCCCACAAUCAUUUAUAUGCUUACAAGAGGUCCUUCAUGUGCAGCUAGCUGACAUCUUGUCGGGCCUAAACGAGGACGCAGGAAACGACUCGCAGUGGGACUACAUUGGGGUUGGUCGCGACGAUGGCGACGAGCAGGGAGAGUACUCGCCUAUAUUCUACCGCCCCAGCAUCUGGAAGCUGCAACACUGGGAAACGGUUUGGCUUUCCAAGACCCCAGAGAAGCCGUCCAAGUCAUGGGAUUCGGCCUCCACUCGAAUUGUGACAAUCGGGUCGUUUCAACAUCGCGCGACGGACAAAACAACCUUGGUGUUAAAUACACACCUUGACGAUCAGGGCUCCCGGUCUCGAUUCGAGGCUGCCCAUAUCAUUCUCCGUGAAAUCGACGACUAUCUCCACGGGGCCGAUGGAGAAUCCAUAUCGGGCGUCGUCCUAUCCGGUGACUUCAACAGUGACGAGCAACAGGAGGCGUAUCAAGUGCUCACUGCUGCCAAUUCCUCCCUGGUAGACAGCCAAAAGCUCAUAGAAGCAGGAAAACGCUAUGGGGAUGCAAUCACCUGGACGGGAUUCGGGUAUGAAGACGAAGAGGCGAAACGGAUAGACUACAUCCUUCUGGGGCCUGUUCCAGGCGCAGGCCAAGACACGCGCAAAUCGCCGUGGACGGCCCGGGGGUAUGCUGUCCUGCCCAAUCGCUUCGAAGACGGCGUGUUCAACUCGGAUCACCGCGCAGUCGUGGUCGAUGCGGUUCUAACAUGA